AUGGCGAAUGUGGAUUUGAAGAAUGGGAUGACAAAAAGAAGGGUUAUCCUAGAGCUUAUGGUUCAUAUCCUUGCAAUACCAGUUAUCCCAUUAACCAUGUCAGUUGGUCUGUUAUUUGGUUCUAUUAUUGGCACUAUCAUUGUCUCUAUUAGUGGAACGGUGGAUGCAAGUGUUGUCUUUCAAAUUGCCAGAUAUUUUGCCUGUGAUCAUAUUCUUAAAUUGGUGGAAGGAAACAAGAAAUUUCUUGCGAUUGACAAGGCAAUUGGAGAAAAUGGUGUUAAAGUUGUUACGUUUCUCCUUUGGAGCCCUUUGCUUCCUUUCUCUCUUGGAAAUUAUUUAUAUGGACUUACAUCAGUGAAGUUUGUUCCAUGUGUUGGGAAG